AUGGCUUCUGCCAGGCUUGAUUACGUCGCUCCGUGGUGGACAUACUGGCUACACAACUUUCCACACUUCAAUUUUCUGUUCCAGUCGGUCGACAACACCUUCAGGCCGGAGGAGGCGAGCUACCAGCAGUCUCUGAUAUUUCUUGCAUGUGCCGGUGCUGCGGGUCUUGGUGUGACCCUGCUGGUUCUGGCAGUGUACCUGGUGUGUUUGUGCUGCUGCAGAAGGAAACUGGAUGAAACCAAAAGACCUGAUACCUGUUGUGUCACCUGGGUGGCUGUUAUUACAGGUCUCGUAAUAUGUUCUGCUGUAGGAGUGGGUUUCUAUGGGAACAGCCAGACCAACGAUGGGGUCUACCAGCUGACCUACUCGCUCUACAACGCCAAUCACACACUGAGUAGCGUCAACAAUCUGGUUGCAGGAUCUCGUAACAACUUUGAAAGUGGACUCAAGCAGCACCUGGAACGCCUGGAUGAGAUCUUUAGUGCAAGGACUGACUACCUCCAAGCGCUGCGCUUCAUGCAGCUGAUGCUUAACAAUGUCAUCCGUGAGCUGACUGCUCUGCCAGACAUUAGCAAAACUAAGACGGACUUGGCAGCCAUUGCAGACCAGGCAGCUUUCAUUGAGUAUUACAGAUGGCUGACUUAUCUGCUGCUGCUCAUCCUGGAUCUGGUCAUCUGCCUGGCCAUGUGCUUGGGAAUAGCCAAGCAGUCCCGAUGUUUGCUUGUAACGAUCAUGGGUUUUGUUAUCCUGUCCCUAAUCCUGAGCUGGGCUUCACUGGGGACUGGCACUGCUACAGCUGUGGGCACCAGUGACUUCUGUGUGUCUCCAGACAAGUUUAUUGUUAACCAAACCAAGGAUUUCCUCAGCGAAGAUGUUGCACACUAUUAUUUGUUCUGCAGUCCAAAUCUACCCAACCCUUUCCAGCAGUCUCUAACCGUCUGUCAGCGCUCCCUGACCACCAUGCAAAUCCAGAUCCAGGGUUUGCUGCAGUUCUCAGCAUCGAUUUUCCCCACUGCUCAGAGAGACCUUUUAGGGAUCCAGCGACUGUUAAACUCCACAGAGUUCAGUCUGCACCAGCUAACAGCCUUGCUUGACUGCCGCGGGAUACAUAAGGACUACCUGGAUGCCCUAAUGGGUGUGUGCUAUGAUGGGGUGGAAGGGCUCCUCUACCUUUCUCUGUUUUCUCUCCUGGCUGCUUGCGCUCUCUCUGCCAUGCUGUGUGUAAUUUUCCGCCUGUGGACAUUAAUGGGCAGCAGGGAAAAGGAGUACAACGACAUAGACGAGGAGGACCCAUUCAACCCCGAAGCACGUCGGCUUUCGUACAACCCCAGAAGGUCCAACACACACAGCUUCUGUAGUUAUAUCAGCAGCCUGGGCAGCCAGGCCAGCCUUCCUCCACCUCCUCAGUCUACUUCUAAUUCUACCUUACCACCUCCUGAAUACAUGAAUCAGUCCAUGCUGUUUGGAGAGGCCCCUCGAUAUGAGAAUGUGCCGCUGAUAGGGAGAGGCUCACCACCUCCCUCGUAUACACCCACCAUGAGGACUACAUAUCUAUCUAUGACGGAUGUCCAAACCAGACACUUUGGAGGUGAAUUCCACGUGUAG